CCAUUCUGCUACCUGAGACAACCACUCCCUCCUCACUCAUACUCCCCACAGGCUCCCAUGGAGAGCUCAGAUGUGGAGCUGGACCUCCAGAGGAGCGUGCAGGCUGUGCUCCGGGACCUCAAUGCCCAGGCCCCGGCCCUGCAGAGCAACCAAGGCAUGUGGAGAUGGUCCCUGCACAAGAAGGUCGAGCGCGAUCCUGGCAAGAGUCCAGCGCUGGUCCGCAUCUUGCUCAGAGAACUGGAGAAGGCAGAAAGCGAGGACCUCCGGCAUGUCAUCAUUCCCUUGCUGCUUACUCUAAUGUAUGUGCUCACCAAGGCCACAGGCAUCACGGAGGAGCUCUACCAGAGGGCCUACACCUUCUGCAUGAGGUUACUGACUCUGCCCACCCCCUACUGCACGAUUGCCUUGGACUGCGCCAUAAAGCUGAAAACGGAGACAGCUGUCCCAGGGACGCUCUACCAAAGGAUGGUCAUUGCUGAACAGAAUUUGAUGAACGAACUGUACCCCUACCAGGAGAGAGUGUUCCUCUUCGUGGAUCCUGAGCUGGUGUCUGCCUCCGUAUGCAGUGCCCUGCUCCUGGAGAUAGAGGCGGCCCAGGAGCAGCAGACGCCAGAGGCCUGCAUGCGCCACGUGGUCUCCCAUGCCCUGCAGGCAGCUCUGGGGGAGGCCUGCCAGGCAGGUGCCCUGCACCGGAAGCUGCAGACCAGCUCACGCUGUACCCUCGAGCACUAUUUCCACGCCGUGGUGACAGCCGUGGAGCAGUUGGCCAGCGAGGCCAGCCCGAGCAGGGCAGAACAUCUGGAGAGGCUGGAGGAGAUUUACUGUUCGCUGCUGGGGCCCGCGGCCGCCGCGAGAGGGCGCUGCGACGGUGACCCCAUCCAAGACCGGCCACCUGGCAUCCCGUUGCCCAGCCCCUGCAUCACCUUCCACCUGUGGGCCGGCGAGGAGCAGCUCUGGAAGGAGUUGGUGCUCUUCCUCCGCCCGCGGUCCCAGCUGCGCCUCAGCGCUGACUUGGAGGCCUUGGAUCUCCAGGGUCUCCGGCCAGACCGGGAACUGGCCCGGGUGUCUGUGCUGUCCACUGACAGUGGCAUUGAGCGAGACCUUCCCUCAGGGGCUGAUGAACCACUUGCCCCUGGCAGUCCUGAGAUGGAGCGUGCCGGGCUGCAGCGCAAAGGGGGCAUCAAGAAACGUGCGUGGCCCCCACACUUCUUGAUGCCUGGCAGCUGGGACGGGCCCCCUGGGCUGCACCGCAGGACAGGCAGGCCCAGCGGGGAUGGGGAACUGCUGCCCGGCGUCUCUCGGCUUCACACAGCGCGGGUGCUGGUGCUGGGGGAUGACAGGAUGCUGGGGCGCCUGGCCCAGGCUUACUACAGACUCCGGAAACGGGAGACCCAGAAGUUCUGCCUCACCCCCAGGCUCAGCCUGCAGCUCUACUACAUCCCUGUGCUGGCGCCUCAGGAGCCCGCAGUAUCCAGGCAGCUGGAGCUGGGAGAGCUGGCCGCCUUCCUGGGCCGCGCAGACCGGUGGUAUGAGAGCACAGUCAACACCCUGUGCCCGGCCAUUCACAAGCUGGCUGAGAUGCCUCUGUCCCUGGACACAUCCCGGACUGUGGACCCCUUCAUCCUGGAUGUCAUCACCUACUAUAUUCGCAUGGGCACCCAACCCAUCUAUUUCCAGAUCUACACAGUCAAGAUCUUCUUCAGUGACCUGAGCCAAGACCCCACAGAGGACAUUUUCCUCACUGAACUGAAGGUGAAGAUCCAAGAUUCCAAAUUCCCCAAAGAUGGUUUUUCACCCAGGCGGAGAGGCGUGGCCGAGGGCCCUGGGGCAGAGCUGUCCAUGUGCUACCAGAAGGCCCUGUUCAGCCACCGGCCCCGAGAGGCUACUGUUUCCCUUCGGACAACUGGGCUGGUCCUGAAGGCCAUUCCAACCAGUGACACAGAAGCCCUCCAUUCGCAUUUGAUUUCAGGGCCCUCCCAGCACCCCCCAACUGCUGCCCCCACUAUAGACCACACGUGUCUGAAUGUCAGCGUGACAGAGGUCAUCAAGUCCUCCAACCUGGCAGGAAGGUCCUUUUCUACAGUGACAAACACUUUCCGGACGGCCAGCAUCCAGAUCCAGAGCCAGGACCAGAGGCUGCUGACUUUGUUGCUAGACAAGGACAAUCAGCGGACUUUCAGGGAUGUGGUCAGAUUGGAGGUUGCUCCCUGCCUAGAGCCAUGUUCCGGGGCCCAGAAGUCCAAGGCACCGUGGAUCGGUACACAUAGGCAGAAGGAGAUGGAAACAACCAAAGCCAAGCCCAAACCCCUUCUGAUGCCCAUUAACACGUUCUCUGGUGUCAUCCAGUGAGCCUGUAGGGGCAGCAGAAGAGCUGGGCCCAAGGGUGGCAGGCUCAAGAGGAUGGAUACACUUCCCCACCAACCCCUGAACACUCACACCAAUGGCCAAAAUGGGGGCCAGCUACACGGGACAGCUUCUGGACUGGACUGAGAGCCAGCGAGUACCUGGAAGCAUGGGGAGCCUGUCAUGGGCUGGGGAUGGGGUGAUGGAGAACGGCCCACAUGAAGGCCCAUGGACUGUCCAAGCCAGGCAGCCAGGCUGCAGAAGAGUACACACAACCCGGCGUCUCACACUAACAUCCACCCAUUUUCCAUUCUCACUUCUCCCACUGUCUUUUCCCACUCAGGCUCCCCACCCAGCCCUUAAACCAAGGGCAAACUUGCUGUUUUUGCCACAGCCCUGUGGCCCAGGGAAAAUGGGGGCAGGUAAAGACAACUGCAGUGAUCCCUCCCAUGCCUCUUUGUCCUGCUCUGGGGCCACUUCCCAGCUCACCCAUGUCCAGACAGGGACCUCUCCCCAGUGAGAACAGCAUUCAAUAAAUGCACA